AUGGGUAAUUCAGGCUGGAUUGAAAGUUAUCUCAUAAGUUUGAUGCAAGUUGGAGGCAUUGAAAUAAAAAGAGUCUCGAGAGAAAUGUUAAAAAAAAUGGGUCUAGUUACUCCACCUAUGAAGAUGAUUAAAACACAAUUGCCAUCUGGUUCUCGUACAGAAGAAAAAGGUGAAAUUUCAACACGGGACGAUGGAUGGAGAAUGUAUGAAAAUAGUUAUGAGGAAACUAUUUCGGUACUUGGUGACGAAGAAAUAGAAAAUAAAGAUGUUUUCAUUUGUACAGUUCGAAAAAAUUUUCAACUUGAGGAUGUUAAUGCCGAACUUGCCACAGACGUUUUGUUUCUCAAACUAUUUGAUUCGCUGAAACCGAUGGAUCAAAUUUUGUUGAAAUGCGCUGCCGUGCUGGGAGAGACUAUUAAUAGAAGUUUGCUGGAAAAACUUAUGGAAAAAACGUCAAUUCGUGAUAUUGCAGUAAUAAAUUUAUUUGAAAAACGAAUUAUCGGAUGUGCAGCUGGAGAUUUCACUAGGAGUCUGGGGCCUAAAAUAUUCACUAGCAAAUUUAGGAAUUUAUACGAUAAUAUUAAAAUUAAAUGCGGAUGCAUAAAUGUUGAAACACGAGAACCACUUAUUGAUCUUCCUAAAUAUGCGUCUUGUAAUUUACUACGAUUCAAAAUCGCAAAAUCUCGUGAAAUAACUUAC